AUGGACACGGAGUUCGACACCAAACGUACCGCGGAUGGAUGGUUGAAGCGGGUGGAACGACGUAAGGAGCUGGCUAUUCUGAACGAGUAUGACGACGACCAACCGGUGGAUGCGGUGCUGGCCAAGCGUGGAUCGUGGACAGGUCGAUACGAUUUUCUCCUAUCGUUGCUAGGCUACUCUGUGGGCUUGGGAAAUGUGUGGAGAUUUCCUUACCUCUGCUACAGCAAUGGAGGAGGAGCGUUUCUUUUACCUUUUGCCGUUAUGCUGGUCAUCGCCGGACUACCGCUGAUGUUCAUGGAGCUCUCGCUGGCACAGUACGCGGGACUAGGUCCGGCAAUUCUGUUCAAGCGGCUUGCUCCUCUAAUGGAAGGGAUGGGCUACGCCAUGAUACUAAUAGCCGGCACAGUUAUGCUCUACUAUAAUGUAAUCAUCGCGUGGACCGUCUACUAUAUGACUGUUUCGUUCGAGGUUCCACUACCGUGGAGAGGAUGUCAGCAGGAAUGGGCGAGUGAACACUGUUUCUCGUACGAGGAGGAAGAUGACUGUUUGGCCAGCAAGGGAAUUUACUACAUGGCCACUUGCUUCCCAGCCGGACAGAUCGACUCACUGAACGUGUCCAUUCGCACACCGAAGAGGCCCCCUGCGGAAGAGUUUUUCAGAAACUACUUUCUGCAGCUUUCUCCCGGUAUCGAGCAAACGGGAACAAUUAACCAACGAUUGGCACUCUGUCUGCUAGUGGCAUGGAUCAUCGUCUUCCUUUGCCUCUGCCGAGGCGUAAAAAGUUCCGGAAAGGUUGUCUACUUCACCGCACUGUUCCCAUACGUCGUUCUGACAAUGCUGUUGAUUCGCGGAUUGACGUUACCGGGAGCGUACGAUGGAAUCAUGUACUAUCUGCGUCCGGACUGGGAGAAACUCCAGACCGCCCAGAUAUGGGGGGACGCUGCGGUGCAGAUCUUUUUCUCACUCAGCCCAGCCUGGGGCGGACUGCUCACGCUCGCGUCGUACAAUCGCUUCGAUAACAACUGCUACCGGGACGCGAUUGUCGUGGCCAUUUCCAACAUUCUCACCUCGUUCUUCGCAGGAUUUGUAAUCUUUGCCAUUAUUGGAUUUUUGGCCCACGAGUUGAACACUGACGUCACGAGCGUCAUCGAUCAAGGAGCGGGGCUGGCAUUCGUGGUAUUUCCCGAGCUCGUUGCUAAACUGCAAAUGCCUCGACUAUGGUCGGUGCUGUUUUUCUUCAUGCUACUGACGCUCGGGCUUGACUCACAAUUUACUCUGAUGGAGACGGUCGUCACGGCGAUCCUGGACACGUUCCCGAACUGGCGUCGCAGAAAGUUGGCGGUUGUUUCUGCUGUCAGCGUAGCGGGAUACAUUGGAGGACUAGUCUUUAUAACCAAUAGCGGCAUGUACUGGUUUCAGCUGGUCGAUAAGUACGCCGCCAAUUGGUCGGUCUUACUGAUAGCCACUAGCGAGUGCAUCCUCAUCGGUUGGAUCUAUGGUGCCGAACAAUUCAUUCACAACAUUGAGCAAAUGUUAGGCAAACGAUCAGCCUGGUUCCACCGCUUUUGGAUAACGAUCUGGAAAUACGUAACUCCAAUGACUCUGGCUUUCAUAUUGUGCUUCAACUGGCUUCAAUAUAAGCCUUUAACGUACGGACGGUAUGUGUAUCCCUAUUGGGCCGACUUGGUGGGCUGGAUAAUUGCGUUGUUCCCCUUCGGGCUCAUAGUGUUGGUGGCAAUGAUCAAAAUACUACAUCUCCCGGGCUCCAUUAAACUACAGAGUGUUCAGCAAUUACUAAAGCCUAGCAGAUUUUGGAAGCCGGCCCAUCCCAGACUGGCAUCUGAAAUGGAGUAUGAAAAUAGCGGUGGUAUUGAGCUGUAA